AUGUCUCGGGACAGAUUUAACAUUAACGUUAGAGGAAAUAACCGUGGAGCUGGAUUUCAACGCCGUGGAGCUGGGCCUGGUGGUCCGAUGCGAGGUGGAAUGGGAAACCUGAAUAAUUUCAGACAAAACCAACACCCCUUUCAAAGAGGGCCUCAUCCCGGUAACUUUGGAAAACCACCCAACCAGAUACGUCAGAUAACUCCUCAGAAGCCACUGCCACCUACUAUUUCCCAGCCAGGCGCUCAACCGAUUCGGCCACCACCUACACCUGGCCCUGCGCUAACCAUGAAGGGCCCGGUACAGCAGGCCGCGGCUCCGGCGCCCGUAUCAACACCUCCGGUGGCCGCAGCAGCACCUCCAGUGACCGCAGCAGCAUCUCCGGCAACCGCAGCAGCACCUCCAGCGGCGGCAGUUACUGCUCCGGCGGCUCAACCAAAAAUGCAGUCCCCACCUCCGAAGCCUGUUCCUCCGAAACCCGCACUCUCAUCUCCCCCACCAAACCAAAUGAAGAAACCAGCACUCUCAUCUCCCCCACCAAACCAAAUGAAUAGGAACCAGCAAAGACCAGGACCCGGCAACGCCAAUGGAAAUGGGCAUAAAUCUGCACCCGCUAACAAAAAACCUGAACCUCAAACUCAGAAUACUUCAAUGGAGGCGGAGGAAGCCCAGCACCCCAAGGUUAGUGACUAACGACGUCGACGCGUUACCCAGUCACGCUAACUAACAUUCCGUAAUUAGCAUGUUAACUAGCUACUUAGCUAGAAUAAACUGUCUCUUUAAUUUACGUCAGAUAUGCAACUGUGUUAUGUGAAAUAAGUGGGCCCAUUGAGCUACACGUAACACGUUGCGGAGUUAGCCCCCUAACGUUAGCUAAUUCAGCUAGGUGGCUACAUGGGAGAUACGUCGGCCAUUUUGUGUGAGAGUCUAGCGACGACAGUGUAUAUUUUUUUAAACCACGGGUACAUUUCGACAAUGUUACUGAAAGCUGAUUGCUAGAUAUGCAUCCACACGACGCCGUUACAAGCGCAUGGAAGAAAGUCACUGAGAAGACGUAAACUAAAAACUGUUUUUUUCCCUCAACUGUACGGGGGGGGGGGUAAAUCGGUUGAGUAACAUGCAACCGGUUGAAACACAUACCGUAGGUAGCUAGUAGGACUCACUGUGGAUCCUUUCUUUGUCCCCAUGAUAAUUUCAUACAAACCAAAUAGCUAAUCUUAUCCCAACUACUUUUACAUUUUGGUUAUGCUUACUGUAUUUGUAAUUAACGUUAAUCGUAGUCAUGUUCUAUGAACACAAUAUCAUGGACAUUUUAGUAUUGGAAUUUGAACUGAACGUUGUCUCGGUCUGUAGGAGUUGAGAGCGACAUUGUCAUCGCUGCGCAGACCUGGCGAGAAGACAUACACUCAACGAUGCCGCCUUUUCAUUGGAAACCUUCCAAAUGAUAUCUCAGAUGACACAUUCAAGAAGCUGUUUGCGAAGUAUGGCGAGCCCAGUGAGAUUUUCAUCAACAAAAACAAAGGCUUUGGCUUCAUACGCCUGGUAAGUGCACCACACUGUAGUUACCAUAAACAUUGUCCUUUUGGUAAUUGGCUCUACCAUAAACAUUGUAAUUUUUGUGUUUAGUGCCCUGUCUAGUUAAAAUGUAAAAGCCUAAUUUCUACCAUUCCAGGAAUCCCGUGCAUUGGCUGAGAUAGCUAAAGCUGAACUGGAUGAUGUGCCCAUGAAAGGCAGACCGCUUCGGGUGCGCUUCGCAACUCACUCUGCUGCACUGUCUGUGAAGAACUUGUCACCUUUUGUUUCCAAUGAGCUACUGGAGGAGGCCUUCUCCCAGUUUGGAGUGGUAGAAAGGGCUGUGGUAAUUGUAGAUGAUCGUGGGCGCUCCACUGGCAAGGGCAUUGUUGAAUUUGCCUCUAAGCCUGCUGCACGAAAGGCCCUGGAUCGUUGCAACGAUGGAGUCUUCUUGCUCACCACGUAAGUUAUAUACAUUUAUUUGGCAACAUUCAGUAGAACAUGAAAUGCACAUGAAGGUUUCUCCAAAUGGCUCAUGCUGUUACGCUGUAAUUAAUUGAUACUCUUAAUGUCUUAGGUCACCUCGUCCAAUCGUCGUUGAGCCCCUUGAACAAUAUGAUGAUGAGGAUGGUCUACCAGAGAAACUGGCACAGAAGAACCACAACUAUCAUAAGUAACCCUCACUUCAUAUAACUAAAUAGCUUUAAUUCAAUAGCGUAUGGCUUUUUGGGCUUGAUUGGUGUGCAUAUUUUGUUUUCUUAUUACCACACCCACAGCACUCCUUUGUGAUGUUAUGCUCAUUUUGAAUUGAGAUGGGAAGUGCAAAUAUAGCUAUUGUAGCCAGGUGCCACCCAGUGUGCCAUGCAAAUUGAACUGCUAACCCUAUCAUUCCCGAGAUCCCAGCAAUCUGCUUUUCAUUUAUGUCCAGCUUUUAUAUUUAGCCUCACAAUUAAGUGUUUUACCAUUUUCUUUUCAGGACCACCAGGGCUACAAGUAGAAAACAACAAAACAUUAAACAGUUGCAUUCAUGAGUUUUAUUGACAUAAUAAAUUGGCGCCUCCAAAGCAAAAACCAGAUGCACGUGAAUUUAUACAUCGACUGUGAGCUUAUUACAGUAUUAUAGACACCAUGUCCUUGGAUUUCCAAUGAUCUAUGUGGAAGAACCCCUUACCUUCUAACAACUCUUGUGUAGCUUGUGAGUGUCAGAGAGCAAAACAUGUUACGUGUUCUUGAGUCUCAGCUUUUAAAAGUUUGUAUUAAAGACCCGGGGCCCUUCGGGAUCUGUCCGUGUCUCACCAACACCACUCUAGCUCAGCCCCCGUUAAUCACACAUACGAAUGGUUGGUAUCUACGGAUGCAGAAUAAAUAGUUGAAUCUAAUGCCACAACCCAGAAGUCUAGCUCAAACAGUGUUUGAAAAGGGUUAAAGUCCAAAAUGGGGGUGUGUUACGGUGGGCCUCAUUGGGCAAAAGUUUUUACCAGGGGUUGGGUUAGCAGAUGCCACAGCUGUUAAAAACCCAUUCCAGUUGAUUUUCCAAUAAAAGGAUUACCCAUCUUGAGUACCCCUCUUUGUUGUAUGUCUUGGUUACAACUUUCUAUUUUAACCAAACUUAUGUUGCUGCAGGGAGCGGGAGGAGCCACCCAGGUUUGCCCGUCCUGGCACGUUUGAGUUUGAAUACUCUAAGCGCUGGAAGUCCCUGGACGACAUGGAGAAGCAGCAGCGCCAGCAGGUGGAGAAGAACAUCCGCGAAGCCCGUGAGAAACUGGAGGGAGAGAUGGACGACGCGUUCCAUGUGCACCAGGCCAACAUGAUCCGCCAAGGCAAGUUUAGCUGGAAAGAGGCGACCACUUUUCAAAAAAGAAAAGUAGUUAGAUGUAGCAGUGUCUUACAUGUAUGUUCUUGCACUCUGUUUAGAUCUGCUGAGGCGGGAGGAGGAACUACGACGCAUGGAAGAGAUGCACAGUGCAGAGAUGCAGAAGAGGAAAGAGAUGCAGCUCAGGUAUUAAAACUUGUUUGAGUAACUGUUUGUUCCACACACUUCAUUUAUUCAUUGGAAUGUUACUGAAACGUGACAGUGUGCAUAACAGGCAGGAGGAGGAGCGUCGCAUACGCGAGGAGGAGAUGCUCCGCCAGAGGGAGAUUGAGGAGCAAAUGCGCCGCAAGCGUGAGGAGGCCUACAGAAGUGGCAACUUCAUGGACAAUGUAAGUUGAGCAGAGUACCAUACAACCAUUCAGACCUUGACAUUUGCGUUUGAGAUACGAGUCUUACUAUUUUGAUUUCAGAGGGAUAUGAGAAUGACUCAGGGUGGCGCCAUGGGCAUGGCUGGUGAGUAGUAUAUCUUAUAACAAUUUGUUUUCAUGAAUUGUAAUUUUUUGUGUGCUGUGUUCUUGCUACCCAUAUCUUAAUUUUCAGCUGGACCCAGAAAUGUGUUUUGAAACAACAAUAUGAAGUUUGAGACUGCACUUUAUGAAAGCAUAUGACAACAUUGCCCCCUAGGGCUGCCCUGACUCUCAUUUUAAUGUAUGACGUGUAGUCCUGUUGUCCCUACUAGACAAUCAAUUUGGCUCACCCAACCAGAAGUUCCCCAUGGGUCACCAAGGCAUGGGGGGACCCAACGCUGGGGGAGCCAUGAUGCCCAACGAAAUGGUAAUGUAUUCCAAAUGGAUUCCAACACUAAUAGGGCCCAUUUGGGUGUGGGUUUCUCAACUGGUUGCUGUAGUUGUCAUCGGGGAGAGAAGUGGAUGGUUUUGCUCCGGUCGGCCCAGUUUGGAAGCGUAUGGCAGAAAAAUGAAAGCUUGUGUGAUUCUUCUGAGGCGUCUGUGCCAUGUCGAGAUUGAGACAGUUUUCUGCAACAGCAUGUCCCCUCAGUUCCUCUACUAUUACAGCCUGUAUUUCAGCUGAAAAUAAUCAGCCUGUACUAAACCCGGUGACUUGCUUUCCAGUGCUUUUUCAAAGCUCCUACUUUGUGUAAUGGACCUAUUGCAAGCCCUGUCUUGUGUGAGCCAGACAGGCACAUUUUCUUGGCAAGUGGAAAGAUGUCACCCGGCAGCAUUUUUUUGUGGCUAUUUGUAGAAAACAUUUUUAGUUGAAGUACUUUCCCAUACUGUCAUUGAACUUCAUGCAAUCACAUGAAAUGGUACAGAUGGUGUCUCGGUGUAACCUGGAAAUAUUUUUAGGGGCCUCAUUUGUGAAAAGUGAAUUUCCUGCAACGUUCUCUUGUGUCAUGGAUUGACUCCCUAGUUGUUGUAACAUUUCCCCAGCCACCACCUUGUCCAAGCAAUUAAAAUUAGGGGUUUUAGUACAGGUUGCUUUAUGAAGCAAAUGUGUCUCUUGACAUACCAUUAAGCUAAUGAGUAAGCUCCUAAGUGCAACUUGCAUAACACAAUAUGAAGAACUGAGGGUGACAGGCAUUGCGUUGACUGCUUGGAUACCUGUGCUAUUUGUACCCUGUGGGUGAAAUCCUCUAAUUUCAUUAAGGCCCAGAAUGUGAUGAAGGCCUCCGCAUUAGGCCUAUGGCAAGCAGGUGUGUUAAUGCCCUUUUGUAUUAUAGGCUAAAUGCAAUUAAUAAGUUCACCAGUUAGAUAUCUGGUAACUUCCUUAUAAAUGGUCUGACGCAAAGCUGUUUUAAGUCCAUUUAAAAAUAGAUACAACUUGUGAUUUGUAUGAGUUGUUUUUAUACUGUCAAGGAUCUAUCAAUUCAUGUAAUGGAACACAGCCGCUUUGACGUAAGGGUGGCAAACAAUCUGACAGGAAAAACAGCACAACAGGUCGGCUGCUUUUGCAAUGGUGAGCAGUUGUUGCUUUUCGAUACUGGAUUGUGCAGUCCGACAACGUAUCUGUCGUGUGUCUUGCUGAUAGCUCCACAUGUCAGUUUUUCUGUUCUUCAGUGCAAGCAAUGCAAAUGAACCAACAUUUUAGUGCAGUGAUUGCAGAGAUUCUCUCUUACUCUGAAGGGAAGAUGGCUAGUAGAUAUGUUACUGGCUAGAUUGUCUGGUCUUGCCGCUACACACAUGGAAGCAAUGACAAAUCAGGAUGCCAUUUAGUCAAGUUGACAGAACUACCAUUAAUUGGCCAAGCAUUUAUUAGUUCGCACAAAAUGGCUGAUAUGGCUAAGGCUACCUUACCCAAGCCUGCAACUUUUAGGAAAAUUGUGUCCAAAUAGAAUCAACAAUUAAUACAUACAUUUUUUUUUUACACCAUGGGUCUAGAUCAACACACUUGUAGGUGAUCAUUCAUUUUUAGAGUUUAUGCAUUUUAGUGUAAAACAUGGCUUAAAUCAAACAGAAGUGUUCUGAAUACGACUGGGGAAAACGGUCUACAAAUUUGUAGAACACCUUAAAGGACAUUAUUCCUAUAUCUGAAGUAAAUCUCUAUUUUUGAUGUAAAACUGAAAUGUUCUAGAAGGGUCCAUACACUUUGUGAUUUGGCUUGUUUUUGAGAAACUUAGCCCAGCUGCGAUACACUUCCUCAUUGCUCCUUGUGCAGGAUCAGGGCACGCAAACGACAUGAACAAAAGCACCCAAAUACAUCCAUUUAGUAUAGUAAUGUAUGUCUUUAGAUGUUGUACACAUGAAAUUGUCAUUUCAAACUUUUUUCGCAACGUUGUAAUCCAUUUUGGUCAAGUUGCGCUGUUUACCCCACGCAGCUUUGCAGGCCGAGCGUGUCCCUAUAGUACAUGGACAUCGACUGCGCAAAACAGCUGCUAGAAGAAACUGUUUGAGUCGAAGUAAAUGGAACAUAACGUUGUGGAUAAAGUUCGGAAUGACACAAUGUAAUGUGUACAACAUCACUAUACUGACAGCGUGUCUAAAAGGACGUGUUUUUUUUGUUACGUUUUGUUCGUGUCUUUUGCGUGCUCUGAUACUGCGCAAUGAGGAAGUGAAUUGCACCUGGGGUAAGUUUCUCAAUCAAGCCAAGACACCAAAAAAAGUGUAAGGACCCUUCUAUAACAUUCCAUUUGCAUAAAGAAAUUGAGAUUUACUUCAGAAAAAUAAAUUUGCCUUCUAAAAACAUAUUGUAUUUUGCCACAAGAAGUGAACAGGAGCAGGGUGGCAAUUUGUGUGUAUGCAAAAUGAAACAUGGUAUUUUUCGUCCAGGAACACCCGCUGUGAAACUUCAGUUUUGAGUCUUUUAACCAGUAUGGACCACCUCUUUCGCCCAACUACUGGCAUAUUUCCAAAUAUGUGAUGCGUAGUAAAUUGUAGAAGGUUUGGUUGGUGAAAUAAAGUCUAGACCCUGCAAAUGACAUGGCAGGAUUAGGCCAAUUAACAUCUACUUGAAUUAGGCCUAGCCUAUUGGCGAGCCUGUAGACCUUGUAGUUUGUAAUGUGAAAUUCACCCCCCGUCCAGCGUAUUACUAAGGUCAUGAAAGCUUCAAGUGUAACAACUGGGCAAGACUUCAUGUAGGCUCAUUGAUUUAAAAUCAUAUUUUUCCCUUUUUUUUUUACUGCCAUUUGAAAGGUCAGCAAUACUGUAGUUGUGCAGUGAUAUCCUACUUGUGUGUUUAAGCAAUAAAGGCAACGCAAGCAACACAGAUUUACAGCUAUAUUGAAAAGUAUGCCUGAUAGUUCUACACAAAGCAUAACAAAAAAAAAAGUGGAAUUGUAGCGCUGAAGUGCAUUUAUCAAUUGGCCAGUCUGGCCUACCUAUAGGUUUUGGCAUUAAACGUUAACAUUUGGCCAUAGCAAACCGGCAGUCUUCCCCAAAAUUCUCCACAUGAUGCCAGUAGUGAGUGAUGUAGCCCAGCCUUUGGCAUGCACAGCAGACUAUGGUAGGACCUAACUAACGAAAACAUUACCCUUUCUUCCUUCUCCGUAUGUUACCUGUGGCACCUGUGGAUCUGCGUAUUGGAACUAUUUCAACGAACGUUUCCCUUGGACGUGUCUCCUGCUGUUUAUUUUGUCAAAUGGCUCUCAAACAAAACCAAUUCUCUCUACCCCCUCCCCUGAAUAUGGACUUGAACUGUGUGCCAUCGCACUGCCCUCCCCUCACCCCCUACAAUCCUUGGUAUGGUCGUUAAUCCCAAUAGCGAAAUGAGCGAAACUUCCCUCAGGGAGGCCGGGGGGGAAUGGGUCCCAACAACCCAGGGUUUGGCAGGGUCCGUGAGGAGUUUGAUGGGCCUGCCAAGAAGCCCCGCUUUUAAAUCUGUUCAGUGUCAUUCAUAGCAGCGUUUUUGUGUAGAUUCUCUGAACAUCUUCACAUUAUUGAGUCAAUUGUUGUAUUUAAGUUGAAAGUGUUCUUGCAUUUUAGCCUGAAGACUCAUUCAUUUUUAUGGCAAGUUAGGUUUUUUCUUUUUUUGAUUUUGUAUUUGGAGUAGUGUGAAAUUUAAUAAAUUGGUCACCCUCAGUGAUCACAUAGUGCUAUCCCACCUAUGUAUAACUUUCUUUCCAGUUGUAUCAUGCUCUGUGACUCGUGUCGUAAAUGGUGAUAAAUGUCAAAUUUUCUCACCUUUCAAUGGCUGUGUUUUUUGCCAUUUAAGAUUUGAAGUAAAAACAUGUAACUUUACAAUAAAGACUUCAAUUGGUUCUCUCCAAACCCUCUUAAAGUUUAUUUUAGCCCAAUUUCAAGUUAUCCUAAAUAAGCCCAGCAAGGGUUUACAAGACUUUUGCUCUAGCAGCCAUCUAUUAAGUGGAUCAAUUACUGACAUAUAUAUUGUCUAGUAUAACCUGGAUUUAUUAUGUUGGAUGCCGGGGUUGACUUUGUUAACUAACACAAUGUUCCCAUGUGAACGAAAUAGAAGAAAUGUGUAUACUGAGACAGUAUUGAUAAAGCAGAGAAAGCACAUUUAGUCCUAGUAGAAAUUGUCUUUAUGGAGCCCAAUUUUGACAACGGAAAUAAGCAGUCCUGGUGUCAAACGUGACUAAUGCUUCUAGUAGUGUUUUGUUUAUAAAAAAUAAACAAAAUCUGGAUUUUGUAAUGUCCUUGGAAAGUCGCAGUUAAAAUGACAGUUUUGGUGCAGUUUUGCAACUUUCAUUAACAAAGGUAUGACUUUGUGUAGCCCUAAUUGAAGUGAUAUGGUCUUUGACAACUGCUGUUUUUUUUGCGUUGACAAAAAAGGAGUAUGUUGGACUCGUCUAUUGUUCCCAAGCCGGCUACGUAUUGAACAGAGGUCAAUGGUCCACCUUGACCACAGUUAACGUUUCAAAGCAGCACUUCAUCAGUGUCUCUUGACAUUGCAUUAUGUCAUCUGUUUAAUUGGAAUGUAUGUAUCAUACAAGCGAAUGUAUGAAAAGGAUCUACGAAUGUUACCCUAAAUAAUACCUGUCCCAGC